AUGGUAAAGCGCAAGGCCGACCGCGAUGGCAGCGCCAAGCGCAAGAAGGAGCGCGUGCGCCCGCCCCGGUACGCACCGGUCGAAGAGGAGUCGGAGGCUGAGUUCAUUGCUGCCCAGAAGCAUGCGUUGCACCUGAUCCAAGCGGGCCAGACGUCCGAGGCCAACAAGUUUCUCGCGCGGCGCGGCUUCACGCACCGCCUCGCGACGUGCGUCUUGCGCUACACGUACGAAGAAGACUUGCCGCCGCCAUCGGCCGACGCUUUUUCGUUCACGGCCGCCGACUACCGCCCAUAUGUGCGCGGCGCCGACAACGCGUUGCCGCCGACGAUGCUGCACUUUAUGCAGGACGCGUUUGCAUCGUCCGACUCACCGUUCUGGGCCGCGCACCAGUACUCGGUGGACCCGCCGUCGCCGUACUUUAGCUAUGUCCACGACCUCUCCAAGCCGCCGUCGUCGGGCCUCGAAGACGUCAUCCACUAUCUCAAGAACCUCGCAAUGGAGCGCUUCCCGAACGUCAAGAACGCCAAGUUUGCAGAGUGGUGGACGCACUGCCGCCCGCACCACUCGGGGCACCAGUUUCAUUUUGACAGCGCCGACGAAGGCCGCGACGGCGUUCGUAACCCGAUCGUCUCGACCGUCAUGUUUCUCGAGGCUCCGGUCGGCGGCCCGACGUGCGUCUCGGACCAAGCGUUUGGCGGCACGUCGCUCGCCAAGCAUGGCUGGCUCGUGCACCCGAAAGAGAACCGGUUCGUCGUCUUCAAUGGCAAGGUCCUGCACGGUGUUGUGCCUGGCCGCGGCCCGGGGCGCUUCUCGCUCCUCCUCAAGCCACGCCGCGUUACAUUCAUGGUGGCCUUUUGGGAAAUUGACGUCCGAAAGCCCGCGCCGGCCCCGGGUGCCCGCCCGAGCAGCGCCAUGCCGCUCAACUGGAAGGACGACGCGGACGCGAAAACGUCGCUGACGAUGUGA